GAUAGCUGCAGUAGAAACAUGUGCUUAGCUCGAAAGUAAAACGGCUUAAGAAUUACAGAUAUUUUAUUGUUAAAUUGGAGUAGCAGAAUAGCCAAUUAUGGCGGAUCACGCGUUUCAUCGGCCUGGGCCGCUGAAGCAAACAAAUAAAGCUCAUAAAACAGGACGUCAUCGCUCCAAAGGCGCCAUCGACAAUGCCCUCAAAGGCAAAGUUGGUCUUAAGGCCAUCUCGCAUAAGCAUAAGCUGCAGCAGCGCAAGGAGCAACGUCGCAACCAAAUGAAUCAACUACGCAAAAACAAGCGCGAUGAGGUGCUGCAACAGAAGCGUCAAUUGGGUGGACAAAACACGGCGCCCUUUCUGGUGUGUGUGCUGCCUAUGCAUGAGCAAAUCGAUGCCAACUCGGCAAUUGCUAUACUCCAGAGCUGCGACAGUGAAAUCGUUGUAGAGAAGUCACCCAGUGGUGUUGUUUACAUGAAUCUGCCGCGCUUCAAGCAGCGCUUCGCCUUUGUCAUUCCCCCCGUUGGGCGAGGCAAUGAACUUCUUGUUCUGGACUAUCUGAAGGUGUGCGAUACCACGCUGAUGCUGACAUCGGCGGCUUUUGGUGACGAUGAAAUCUUCGAUCGUUGGGGACAGCGUAUAUUUAAUAUGAUAUCAGCCCAAGGCAUACCGACGCCAGUUGUGGCCCUAAUGGAUCUGGAAUCCAUUAAUCCAAAGCGUCGCACUGCUGCAAAACAGGCGGCACAGAAAUUUAUAAGCAAGCUGCUGCCAGAGGAGAAGAUCAUGCAGAUGGACACCUCCGCCGAAGGUCUGAAUGUUAUGCGUCGCAUUGGUGGACAGAAGAAACGCGUGCUACACAACGUUAACAACCGGCCAAACUUGUUUGGUGACAUUGUAGAAUAUGUUCCAAAUGGAGAGAUGGGCACUCUGAAAGUGACAGGCUAUCUGCGAGGACAGUCAUUGAAUGUUAAUGGUCUGGUGCAUAUACCUGGACUGGGUGACUUUCAGCUUGGCCAGGUCGAUGCGCCACCCGAUCCUAAUAAGCUCGACAAGAGCCGAGACGGGGAGUUGGCUGAAGUGCGUCUACUCGAUCGCAGCGAUCCAGCUAAACAGACGUCGCUGCAGUCCGAGAAUAUACCCGAUCCCAUGGAUGCGGAGCAAACGUGGCCAACAGAAGAGGAAAUCGAGGCAGCACAAAAGGAAACAAAGAAGACAAAGUUGAUCAAACGUGUGCCCAAAGGUUACAGCGAGUACCAGGCUGCCUGGAUACCCGAUGUGGAGGAAGUGGAAGGCCAGGAUGAUGACGAUGAGGAUGAGGACAUGAGCGGAGACGAAGAAGACGAGGACUUUAUGUCCUGUGAUAACAAGUCCUUUGAGGACGAGUGCGAAAAACGUGACUCGGAUACAGAAGAGUAUUUGGACUCUCUUUCGAUUACCUCAGAGGCAGCUGUCAACGACGAAAAAUACGAUCAGCAAAUGGAUUUCCAGGAAGAGCGGGAGACCUUAAAGAAGCUACAACUGGCUCGCACCGAUCAGCUGUGGCCCGACGAAAUCGACACGCCUCUCGAUGUGCCCGCCCACGAACGCUUCCAAAAGUAUCGCGGCCUGGAAUCGUUCCGCACAUCGCCCUGGGAUCCCAAAGAGAAUCUGCCCAGCGACUAUGCACGCAUCUAUCAGUUCAAGAAUUUCGAUCGCACCAAGCGACGCAUUUUGGCAGAGGCCAAAGAAUUCGAGGGCAUUUUGCCCGGAUUGUACAUCACGCUGCAUGUCAUCAAUGUGCCCGCCAGCCGCUGGAAUGCAUUCCGAUCUGCUCACCUCUCGGAUAAUGUCAUUGUUUAUGGAUUGCUACCACAUGAGCACCAGAUGUGUGUCAUGAAUGUUGUCCUUCAACGUAUACCAGACUCCGAGGUGCCUCUGAAGUCCAAGGAGCAGCUGAUUAUCCAGUGUGGCUAUCGUCGAUUUGUUGUCAAUCCCAUUUACAGUCAGCACACAAAUGGCGACAAACACAAGUUUGAGCGUUUCUUCCGCCCAUAUGAGACAGUGUGCGCCACCUUCUAUGCUCCGAUACAGUUCCCUCCUGCCGCUGUGCUCGCUUUCAAGGUGAAUCCCGAUUCCUCUUUGGCAUUGGUUGCCCGUGGCCGUCUGCUCUCUUGCAAUCCGGAUCGCAUAGUGCUGAAGCGAGUGGUGCUUAGCGGUCAUCCGAUGCGCAUUAAUCGCAAGUCGGCCACCAUACGCUACAUGUUCUUCUACAAGGAGGAUGUGGAGUACUUCAAGCCCGUCAAACUACGUACCAAGUGUGGUCGAAUGGGUCACAUCAAGGAGUCGCUGGGCACGCACGGCCACAUGAAGUGUUAUUUCGAUAGCCAGCUGCGUUCCUACGACACGGCAUUCAUGUAUCUCUAUAAGCGCGUCUUCCCCAAGUGGAAUUAUGAAGAGUGCCUUGUGCGCAGCGCUGAGCAUUCGCGACAGGAGCAUUUGACGGAAGCUCACCGCAAUUCAAAGCAACUCGACGACGAGGCAAUGGAGCAAUAGUCUAACUUUGUAUAUAUACGAGUACAUAUUUAUACAU